AUGGUUUACAGAUGUUCCGAGGCCAUCAGAAGUGCAAUCACCCAAUAUAAUGCACAGGCCACACUGAUUAAUCACCCUACAAUCACCUGGAAGGAAAUUGUGGAGUACUCAUUUCUUGAUGAGCUUGAUCUUCUCCACAACUCUCACCUUAAUAUUUCUGAGUGUGACUGGGCCAAACUGACUCACUUGGAAGCAACACACAAGUACCUCAAACUGUGUUGCACUGAAGAAGAGAUCAUCCAUCUUAACAUCAAAGUUUGUUGA